AUGUCGGAUUCCUCAAGAACUAUCAACCAUAAGUUGAACGAGAUAUUGAGUAAAAACAAUAUAAGUAAACUGAAAUUGGAUGAGUCAACCGCCUUGAAUUAUGCAACAGUUCUCAAGUCCAACAUUUUGGGCAAAGAUAAGCAAGAAAAGGUUAAUUCCAUAGUUGUGUUGGCAAAGUUGCUUGAUUGCAUAAUUGGUAGUGAAGCGGUAACCGAUGAUUUUGUUCAUGUUUUGGAUCACCACCUAUUCAGCACGUUGUUUUCAAUUGUCAGCAUCAACAUGUCUUCUGAGACUUACAAGGCUAUUUUAAAAAUUGCUGCGAUUGACAUUUCAGGCGCUAUAUUCAGAACAAAGGAUGAUUCAAUUGUAAGGUACUUGCCAUUGUAUGAAAGUUUGAUUGAGUACUUGGAUGUGAUUGAUAUUAUGGCGACAAAGUUGUUACUUCAAGACAGCAAGAUCAUUUUGAAUUCAAUCAAAUUGGUUACGGAUCUUAUCAAUAAGGCGUUGAGAUACAACUACGCUGGGAUAAUCACCUUAUCGGGAAGAUUGAAACAUGUGUUGUUCUUUAGUACUGUUGAUAGUUUGGUUGAAUUGACUGAGGACAAACUCACCUUGGAGGCGAUUGAGAAAUUGAAAGUUGCCUACUAUGAUCUCAAUGUGUAUCUCAACAAUAUUCACUUUGAUUUAUCAAUUCAAGCGCACCAGAUUAUGUUAAAUAACUUGUUUAUCUUUUUGGAAGUUUCACUUAAUGAGUACGGGUCACCUGCAACAACUUCAGAAUAUGUUAAGGCUGGUUUCACAGAAAACCCACGUCAGUUUAUUGUGGAAAAUUUCUCCAUUCUUCUUGCUAUGGAUUUGAAAAUCUUCUUGAAAGAUCCAAACUUUACAUUUAAAAAGAGGUUUCAUGAGGAGUUGAUGAUGAGUGAGCACUCAAGAACGUUCCCAUUGUCGCUAUUUAUCGCCAAGACAUCCAAAAUGUGGAUUGACAUCUUUGAACAAAGACAAAAGUACCCAAAUGUUGUCAAUUCAAUUUUGAACUGGGAGCUCAUGAUUUACUACACAAUGAACAAUUGUCUUAUCCUUUGGCAAGAGACAAAAUCACAAAACAACCAGCUUGAUAUUGACAAAAUUCUUCGGUUAUUGGAAUCAAAUAUUGACACUUUUGAAGAACAAUUGGGUGGAAACAAAUCAAUUGAAGAAUGUCUCGACAUUACAUCGACUAGGUCCGGAGACGACAUGAGACACAAUCAGGCGACAAAGAUUAGCAAAGACUUCACCAACAAAUGGAAUCCCCGGCUCACUGAGUUCAAUCAAGAGUUGACAAAGGAAGUUGCUCAAUUGGUGUCGGAACAAAGGGUGGUGCAAUUGUUGAAAGGAUCAUGGGUGUUUACCGAAUCAUUUGGAGAAGCUUUAUUCAGCUCGAGAAAGAAUGCUUCUCCAUCGUCGAAAUACUACUACAUUGUGUUGUCACCCAAUAGAAAGUGGAUAUAUUUCAAAGAGUACGGUGAAAAGCCAAGCACCAAUCCAAGCAUUGAAGAAUUGGAACAAACUGGAGGAAUCAAAUUGAGUGAUGUUCAAGAUUUAAAAUCGAUCAAGAUUGGUGAAUCAAUUGGAGAGAAAGAAAAACAAAAGAAUUCCAUGUUAAUUUCGAUAAAGGGCACCAUUUCUUAUGAAAAGAUUACUAUUCUAGGUGCAAACAAAACCAAGCUACUUUCCUUCUACACUGAUUCCGAAGUUAAUCGAUUCAUCUGGUUGGACGGAUUGAAAAUGUUGAAGGGAAUAAAGUCUUUAUCGGAAGAAACCCAAAAGCAAAUUACUUCAUUGAUCGAAAUAAGGAGAAACACACAAUCAUUGUCGUUGGAGAGUAAUGACGUGGGAAAUGAAGACGACGAUGAUGACUAUGAUGAUGAUGACAAGUUUUACAAUUACGACGAGUUAAGUGCCCUUGCGGCCAGUGUAUAG